CAAUACCACAUGUCGUCCUGGGGGGCCGGCUGAGCAUUCUUGCGUGGGUGAAUCUACUUUUGCCCCUGUUGCGACUCGCGACUCUCGAUAUACGCCACUGGCAGCAACAUACGACAGCAUCACAACACAAUCCACAGCACAACCCACGACAUGGUCAACAUCAACUUUCCCGGCUUCAUCGACGUCGCUGCCGAGAACCGCGACGGGCGGCGCAUCCAGGUGCUCGGCGGCAGCAUGGCGCGCUCCGUCAACCGCUUCGACCAGAGCUUCCUCUCAAGCGACUUCCCCCGCAGCCCGUCCAAGCUCUACGUCACGGCCGAGACGGACGACUUUGACAGCCGCGCCCUGGCCCAGUGGCGCAGCGAGGGCUUCGAUGUCGAGUAUCUGUCCAUGGGCAAGGGCGGCUCCGAGUACGCCAACAAGCUGCACGAGAUCAGCCGCAGGGAGCUGGGGCCUUGUGAGCGGUUUGGCAUAAUUGCGUACGGCGAUGCGGCCUCUGCGUGUCUCUUGCACUUCCACAACCUCGACAACAACCACGAACUCCGCCUCGGCUGCCUCGUCGCAUACUAUCCAACCCAAAUCCCAGACCCGGACUCGCGGUACCCCGGCGGCAUCCAGGUCCUCGUGCACCUGGCCGGCAGCGACGUCGGCGUGGUCAAGCGGGCGCAGAUGGUCGGCAUCCAGGGCAAGGACCGCGCCCGCCAUCGCCAGAUUGACGCCGGUCUCGGUGUCGGCGGCAGGCUGCCCGGCAUCAAGUACCCGGCGUACAGCUACGAUGCUGAGCCGGGGUUCGCUGAGCACGAUCUGAAAGAGUACGAACCCGUCAGCGCCGAGCUCGCAUGGACGCGCAGCUUGAGUGCAGCGAAGAAGGCGUUCCAGAUCGACAUCGACCUCGAGGAAAUUGUUGAUACCAACAUCCAGGCCAAGUUUUUCAGCAAGAACCUGAAGCAGACAAUGUCCACGUUCAGCAACGCGACGCCGCACGUCACCCACAUGCCUACGCUCACGGGCGGCAUCGGGGCCAGCGAGCUGCAGUCCUUCUACUCUAACUUCUUUGUCAACACGCACCCAGACUCGCUCGAAAUCACCCCCGUCUCCCGCACCAUCGGCGCCGACCGCGUCGUCGACGAGCUGCACGUCUCGUUCAAGCACACGCACGAGAUGCCGUGGAUCCUGCCCAACGUGCCGCCCACGAACCGGCGCGUCGAGAUCAUGAUCGUCAGCAUCGUCGCCGUCAGGGCCGGGAAGCUGCAGCACGAGCACGUCUACUGGGACCAGGCCAGCGUGCUGAUGCAGGUCGGCCUGCUCGACCCGAAGCUGCUGCCCGAGAGGGCAAAGGAGAAGGGCGCGACGUCGAUGCCCGUAGUAGGCAAGGAGGCUGCUCGGCGCAUGCUGGGUCGCGAGAGGGACUACGAGCAGGGGCAGGCGGACAAUGAGCUGAUCCCGUCGUUCUGGGGAGAUGAUGCCAAGGGCAACAAGGGCGAUGAGGAGUCGUCGUCGUCUCGGAAAAAGGGCAAGCAGCCUGCAGAGCAGAAGAUGCUGGAGGGGGGAGGGAAGACGGAAAAGGAGCCCAGUAAUGUUGGCAAUGAAGACGAUGGGGCAGAAGACACUUCAGAGAUCCCGGAUAGGACAAAGGACAAGACUGGAAACGGCUCUGGUGGUGAGGAAGAGAAUUAAGCAGCUGAUACUUCUAAUAUGGAUCAAGUUUACAAAUACCAUG